UUUUUUUGGACAGUUUCUGAUAUUGAAUACAAGGUCUAUGUGACGCAUGAUUCCCUUGUGACAAACAAUCAUUCUCUUUGUGAUACUAAAGAAACUCACUCAGAUCAGCGAGGGAAAAUUGUAGUGUUCGAAUGUUCACAUGCGAUUUUAGGCAGCACGAUAGAGAUCCAGGCACCGCCUCACGUACCCUUAACUAUCUACGAAGUCAGCUCAGCAUCUUGUACUAAUGGUGUAUAUGGUGAAGAAUGUGAUUCCCUUUGUCCUACAAAAUGCCACGGAAGAUGUAACAAGAUAACAGGAGAGUGUGACCAAUGUCCAGUUGGUCAAUUUGGACCUUCGUGUAACUUAACCUGUUCUAAAUACUGUGGACAAUCAGGAUGUAACAGAACGACCGGGCAAUGUUAUCAGUGUGACGAAACUUUCUGGGGACAGGACUGUACCAGAAUCUGUUCGAGAGGAUGUUGGCACCACUGUCAAAGAGAAACAGGACACUGCAAAGUUUGUCAUUCUGGAUAUCGUUUUAAUGGCACAACAUGUGUACAAUGUCGACCUGGGUUUUACGGAAAAAAUUGUUCUCAGAAAUGCAAUACAAAAUGUAAAAAUGAAUUAUGUGAUGCCGAAACAGGUAAAUGCACCGAUUGUUUGGAGGGGUUUUAUGGACAACUCUGUCAGAAUGACUGUUCUAGUGAUUGUUUGAAUUCUUCGUGUUCUGCAUCAUCAGGAGCUUGCUUGGAAUGCGCACCUGGUCAUUAUGGGACACAGUGUAAUCGAUGUUUGAAAGGGUACUAUGGUGAGCAGUGUCAAGAAAAAUGCGACUACUGCAACUCAAAUAAUUGUGAUCCUGUAAACGGUACUUGUAAAAAAUGUAAGAAUGGAAAAUUUGGCGCCUUUUGCAAACAAAGUUGUUAUUCAUCGUGUAGAAACAAAACGUGUCAUAUCAAUGGAGAAUGCAUUGCCUGCAAUAAAGGUUUUUAUGGUGAAUAUUGUGAAUCAUUGUGCCCUCCAAUAAAUUGUAAAAUUUGUAACAAAACAAACGGUGAAUGCUUGCGGUGCAUCACGGGAUGGUACGGGAGACAAUGCAGGGAGGUAUGUCCGGCUGAAUGUAGAGCAGGUUGCUACAUGACCAACGGAAGCUGUGAUGACGUGCAGUCGCCGAGUCCUCAGAGCUCCUCUCAAAAUAUGGUAAAUGUCAUGAUAAUAGGUGGAACAGCAUUAUUGAUAGUAUUAUCCAUUGGCUUCCUCGUCAAGAUUUGCCAUCUUCAGAGAGAAAGAAACAAGACGAGAACGGAAGCGAAUUAUGGACGGUCCUUCAGCCUGUCUGGACAGAACUCAUCUCAUCAGUACCAUUCCCUAGUUGAGGAACACACAUAUGAGAAUGUUAAUAUUGAGGGAGAGGUCGUAAAUGAAGCGGAUAUAGAGCCAGUGACGGAGAACGCAUGCGCCACCAUUGAAGACUGUAAUGAUUUUUUUAAAGCAGAGAUAAAUUCGGAUAUCAGACUCCCGAAGAGGUUUAUGAGGUUUGCCUCCCUGGAUGAGGAUAUAUUAAGGAGAAAGCAUAACCGUGCUUCUGAGUUGUCUACACCGUAUGAAACCGUUAUUAUAAGGGAGGAUUCCUCGCGUGUGUCUUAUUACAAAAAAUAAUUUUCUUUAAGAUUCAUAGUCGAUCGGAAAUUAACAGGAAAUUAACAAUUUUCUUUUUCAUGGGCUAAAACAUUAUCACCUAAAAAGUACUUGAAUAAUCAGGCAUAAUAACACAUGUACAUGUACGUAAAUAUUCAGGAAAAGAGAAAAUGAGUACGAGUUGAUCAGUGGAUGACUGAAAAAGUAGCAUAGCUUUUAAGAACACAUGCUAAAAUCAAAUAUUGGAUGCAUGGAGCGAUAUAUAUUUGUAUUUAUUUUGGAUGUGAA